CAAGAUGGAGGGGUCGCGCCCUGGGGCUCCCCCCGGCCCUCAGGGCAGAGGGGUGGUGCUGGGGCGGGAGCGAGCGCUCGUCCCUCCCUCCUGUUUUUGCUUGUGGGAGGGGGAAGUCGCUUUUCCCUUUUGUCCUCAGUGUGCUGUUACGGUUUUGAAUGCAUUCUGAAUCCAAGAAGUAUGAGGAAGAGACACCUUCCCUACACUGGGGGAUGGAUCCUGUAUUUUCUGCAUUUGCAAGACUCUAUAUUAAAGAUAUAAAAGAAAUGAGAGAAUCUAAACAGGUGCCAGGUAUAUUCUUUUAUAAUGGACAUCCAGUAAGACAAGUGGAUGUUGUCGGGACAGUGGUUCAAACGAAGGAGAGAGAUGCCUUUUAUAAUUAUGGAGUGGAUGAUAGUACUGGAGUUAUAAAUUGUAUCUGCUGGAAAAAUCCCAUGGUAGGAGAAACACCUUUAUCAGGUCAUCCAAGCACACCCAGCAGUCUUAUUGUGUUUGAACAGAUGAAGAAACUCCAAGAAACAGUGAGCCAGAAAACCAAGCUGGAGAUCGGGGAUGUUGUCAGGGUCAGAGGUCACAUCCGAACCUAUAGGCAACAAAGAGAAAUUCAGGCUUCAAGUUUCUAUAAAGUGGAUGAUCCUUUGUAUGAUGUUCAGAUUUCAAGAAUGCUGGAGCUCCCCUGUCUCUAUAGAGAAGUUUAUGAUAAACCUUUCCAAGGCCCUGAGGAAGGACAGAGUGGCCUGGAGGGUCAGAAUUUCUCAAUCCAUAUGCUGCAUGAGAAAGUGCAAGGCUUUCUAUUAGAAAACAAAAUUCAGACCUUUUACCAGCAGGAGCUGGAAACAAUUGAUACUCUGGUGUCACUGGUGGAUGUGCAUCUACCCAGUCCCAGCUGUCAGGAGGUGAAGUCAAAAGGUAACUCCAGUUCCAAAAGGAUUCACAAUGUUUUUAAGGAAGCAAUAAAGAUGCUACAAGAAAAAGGAGUGGUUUUCCAGAAACCUAGUAGCUCCAAGGACUUAUACCACGUGACUGACCAUGAUAAGGAACUGCUCAAAGUGACCCUUGAUGUGAUUAAAGAAGACUGUCGAAAACCCAGGCAUGCUGAAAAAGGCUGCCAUUUCCUUCAUGUCCUCAAUUGUGUUCGGCAAAGCUACAACCCCUCCCUGGCUGAAGUGGUGAUGCACCGUGUCUUGGAACUGCUGGAGAGUAACAGUGAUGUUGUCAGCACUAUGGAAGGAUAUUAUAUGGCAUUUUAAAGAGAAAAGACAGGAUACAUUCAUUCUGGUCCAUUCAGGAGGAGAGAAGGAGAUGUUGAGUAACUCCAAAAAGCUUUUAUUAGCUGAUAUGAUCUAGAUAGGGGAUAAAAAAGAGCCUUCUGAUUCUCCAAAUGCUGGUUUUGUCCAGCUUCAGAGAAGUUGUUUAAAUACUUGUUUUAAUAUUCUUGUUGACUUCCUUGCUAUUCCUAGUGAGAGCUGUAUCAAACUGAUUCUGGACAUUCUAAUACAGCAGGGGAACUGGAAAAGAAACUGGGCUCUUUCCUUGGAGUAAGAUGAGACAUUGGCCAUCCUCAUAUUUACAUCCGGUGGGCUGUAAAGAAAAGUCACUGCUAAAGAGCACUGUUGCCUUUUGUCUUUUAUUCUUUGUCACCUUUGGGGUAAAAUGCUACCCAUAGCUGUGCUUGCCGAGGAACACAAGACAUAGACGUAAACAUUGGCCCAAAGAAGGUUACCAUGCAAGAUGUUUCAUCUGGAAUAAUCACAGCUCUGUUAUGUGAAACAGUUCAAAAAAUGGAGCUGUUUGGUAUUUAUCCUUGGAGAGGGUUUGCUGCUGCAGGGGCUUGUCUGUUUAAUUAAUCUGUUUAAUCAAUGGUGUAGAAGUGAGACCUUUAGCUUGAAAAGAGUAGAGAAGAUUAAAUGUAUCCUUUUUUCUUCUGCACCUUCCCUGUAAGAGUUGCAAUAGCAGACUCCCAGGAGGCAGAUGUAGUGGUAAAGCCCUAUAAGGAUUGACAUAGCUGGGAAAAAUAAACCAUAUGCAUGAGGAAAGGCAGUGAGGAGCCCCAUGUGUGCCAGGUCUCUGGUUUGUUAUAUUAUAUGCCUCAUUCUAAGCCCUGGCUGUAGAGACAUAUAGGCUAAGAAAAAGGCAUGACAAAAUAUUUGGCAUUUGCAUUCAGAGGCCUGUGGAAAACUCUGGCCUUAAAGAGGUGGUAAAUUUGUUCAUAGUAGAAAACUAUGUAUGAAUCAUUCAUUUGCUGUAAAUUCCCUACUUGGUGCAGGACUCAAUAGUUGGUUUCCCUGUGGGCUGCCCUGCUCCUUACAUUACUGCUCUGUUCUGAGUUGGGUACCUUCUAGUUAGAUCUUAAUAUGGGCCCUGAACAGGUCCUGAAGGGAUGUAGCUGUGCAGAAGGAAAUAGAAGAGGGUUAAGGAAGAAUUGUAGAGUGUUUGUUCCCCACCCUCUACCCCCAUAAACAUCUCUGUAAAUCAGGAAAAGAAGGCAGCUUCUGAGUGCACUGGUAUUGAGGGAAGUUGCAACUUUAAUUAAUGCCUCUGAGAAGGUCUGGUUGGCCACUGGGGAGAUUUGCUUUUUAAAUUCCUGCUCUGAUUACUGAUCAUUUUGAAGUGAUGCUUAAAACCAAGGGCUAUCUAUGGAAGAAGUAGCUUGGAAUAUUAAUUCCUAAAUUCAAACUCACUUCAGGAGUUUUCCAUAAUCAAGCAGUACAUAUGGGUAAGUUGCCUAUUUGGCAUGAGCUUGAUGAUACUUUAAAGGAAAGCAUGUGAUGUUUUGGACCAUGUGGAAGAGCAUGGCAUCUAAUUUAAAAGAGUGGCUUGGCCAUUUCCUUGAAAAGUUCUGUAUUAGCAGAAGCUUGUUUUGCUGGGAAAGGGUUAAAGGAAUGCUUCUAGCUCAGUAGGAAAGGUGAUCUUCUCUCUUAAGUUAGAAGAAAGACCCUGGUUCUCCUGGGGGUGUCAGCCAAGUGUGUGGG